GUGUCGCUUGUCGUGGUAAAAAAAAAAAAUAAUAAUUAAUAUUGGACUUUGUUUGUAAAUAUUGUUUUCUUGGAACUUGAAUUUUAUCACUUCAAAGCGACACUUGUAAUAUUUAAGUCACUGAAUAUAUUUUUCAAAGUUGCAAGUUACUGGUCGUUAGUCAUUUAAAAAAAGUUAAUUAAAAAAAAUGAUUGUUUAAUUAUUUUAUUUAUUUAUUUAUUUAAUUACGUUUAUUAAAAAUGCGUUUUAAAAAAUUUUUUUUACACUUUGGACGUGGGGUUGAAAUUGAUAAUUCUGUGGCAAAAGAUAAUAAUAAAGAAAUUGAAAGCCAACAACAGUUCAGACCUGAACAAGGUAGUCAGUGGUUACAAUUUAUCGCAGCAAUUAGCGCUUGCCUGGCAGUUAUAGCUUGUGGAGGUCACCUCGGGUGGACUUCUCCAGCUUUGCCUCAUCUGACGGAUCCGAGUAUCGAAGGCUCGAUAACCAAGAGUCAAGGUGCGUGGGUGGUUACCUUGUAUACAAUUGGUGCAAUAAUCGGUUCACUAAUAAGUCCCCUGUGCAUUGAUCGACUUGGACGAAAAUAUUCACUAUUAAUACUAGCAGCGCCACAGCUUGUUGGUUGGUGUCUCAUUAUCUUUGCUACAAACGUUGAAAUGCUGUACGCAGCUCGGUUAAUUGCUGGUAUUGGACAUGGUGGUAUUUAUAAUGUCACAGUAAUUUAUCUUGCUGAAAUAGCGGAUAAAAAUAUACGCGGUGCAUUGGGUACAUUUUUAAAAAUGUCAACGAAUAUUGGUACCCUAUUUGUCACAACACUUGGUGCUUAUUUUCCAUACGGGAAAUUAAAUCUUAUUUCAUUAUCAAUACCAUUUUUAUUUAUUGUUGUGUUUAUAUUUAUGCCAGAAACACCGUACUUUUAUUUAAUUAAAAAUCGAGUACCUGAAGCUGAAAAAAGUUUGAUGGUACUUAGAAGAUUAAAAAAUGCUGAAAGUGUGAGGGAGGAUAUUGAAGUGAUGAGAAGUGCCGUCGAGGAAGGCAAGAGGUCAAAGAAAAAUUUAUUGGUGGAAUUAGUGAGAACUCGUGGUAAUAGACGGGCAUUGUUGAUACUAUUAGGACUUAAGGCGACUCAACAAUUCUCAGGACAUAUAGUUGUAGUGGCCUAUACUCAAGAGAUUUUUGCUCAAAGUGGCUCAACUCUACCAGCAGCACAGGCAGUUGUUAUUCUCGGUGUCUUCCAACUUGUGGCCGGAAUCCUUGCCGCAGCUCUUGUUGAUCGUCUUGGUAGAAGAAUCUUGAUGCUCGUCUCUGGUCUGUCAUCAUCAAUUGCCCUGAUUGCCGUUGGUAUCUUCUUUUAUCUUAAAUAUAGUGUACACAUGGACGUUUCAUCGAUUACUUGGUUACCGAUCGCUGCUCUGAUUGCGUACGACGUGAUGGAAGUAUUUGGAAUUGGUACACUCCCGUACGUACUUCUGGGUGAAUUAUUUCCUACAAAUGUUAAAGGGACUGCUGUAGCGAGUGGUAUCUUAGUCGGUGCUGUCUUUGCUACACUAGUUGGUCUUAGUUUUCAAGCAAUGAACAGUGCACUUGGAAUCCAUUGGACAUUCUGGAUAUUUGCCAUCUGUUGUACUCUAGGCACUCUCUUUGUCUAUUUUAUUACGCCUGAGACGAAAGGAAAGUCAUUGGAAGAGAUCCAGCGGGAGUUAAAUCCACAAAAAAUUUUUACGAUCAAACAUUAAAGAUAAAAUACAUAUUUAAUGUGAGGACAUUUUUGUAAAAUUAACUGUGAUAAUUUUUCAGAGAAAUUUCUGAAUACUACUUUUUUUAUUGUUAUUAUUAUUGAUGUUGUUGUUGUAAGAGUUCUAGACUUCUAUUGUUGGUAUUGAAUCUGAUGGUAGUUUUUAUUUUAAAAAAUAUUUUUAAUAACAUUUUCCUGUGAAGGAAAAAUAAUUAUUUUAAGUAACUUGUUAGAUAAAUAUUUUUGCUAAUAUUUUUAUUUAAAUAUGCAAGAGAGUUGGAAACAAGAAAAUUCAUUUCAAAAAAAUUUGAAAGCCACUUCAAUGCUACUGAAUAAAAAAUAUUUACAAUUCUUAUUUAGUUGACUUCCAUUUGCAGAUUAUUAAAAAAAACUAUCAGAAAAUAUUUUUAAUAAUUUUAUAUUUUUCAGACAAAUUUUUAUUUUUUUCAAUGUAACGUUAAAAAUAAAAUUUGAACUGGUUUUCAAAAAUUACACAUUAAAAAUUUUUUCGUAUUGGGGUAAAAAAAAAAAGACUUAAAAAUUUUACGUUUAUUUAACAUUUUUGUGUGUUAAUUUAACAUACUACUUUUGCGUUGUUUGAUCAGUUCAUUUUUAACACACGAAAAUGUUAAUUAAAACAAAAAAGUAACAUUUAUUCAGUGUUACUUUCCAAACAAGUGUUAACACUUUCAAAAUGUGACUGUAACAUAGAGCGAGUGUUAAUUCUUUAAAGUAACACAAAGUGUUGAAUUUACCGUAAUCACUUGUUAAGUUUUUGUGUACAUAAAUUUUGAUCAGUAUCAAAAUAACACAAAAAAGAUGUUGAAUUAACACUUUAUGUGUGUCGCAGAUAACAUUUGAAUGUGUAACAGUUUUAGAACCGGCCAUAGAGAAUAUUAACAUUUUUUUGUUUUAUUUUUUUUACACAAAUGAAUAAUUUUAAAACAACGUAAAUUUGUGUAAGAUUUUGUUCUAAGACACAAUUUUAUGUUAAUUUUUUCAAAAUUUGUUUUACUGUAAAUUUACAAGUAACGAAAUUUGGGAAGUUGCUUUAUAAUAAAAUUAAAAAUAAUAAUUUGAAUGGGCUGUCAUUCUAUACUUUAAUCAAAUUAUAAGAUAAAAUAUAUGACAUAAAAAAUAAUGAUAAUAAUAAUUAGCAGUUUGUUGUUUAUUUCAAUCUGUUAAUUUGCCAGGAACAAAUGAGCUAAGGUUUUUAUUCACAGUCGGGCAUUCACACGUGCGAUAAUAACAUUUUGGCACUAUACAAUAUUUCUAUCACGUAAUGUAUCGAGAGAAAAGAAAAAAUUGGAACGGAAGAAAAAAAUAAAGGCGCAAAAAAAAGUAUAAGUGUAGUAGGCCUCCCGGAGGAGCAUCCUGAGACAAUAGAAUCAGCGAUGCUGGAAGCAUCGGCCUGGAAAACUUCAUCACGAGGGUCUAUAUUGUCAAGUUUCGUCUCUUUAUGUUACUAAACAAAGAUAAAGUAUGUAAUAAUUGUAUUUAUUGUGCUGUCCCUCGCAAUAGAUUGACUGGUAUAAUUAAUUUACUUAAAUAAACAACAAAUGCCUAAAUUGUUAAUAUAAUUUAAGUUAUUUAAUAAGUUAAUUUUGUAUUUUAUUAUAUGAAUUCUAAAUCUAUUAGAUUUGCGUAACAAGAUAAAAUGAUUUUUUUUACGUUUUUAAUAGUAAUUUAAAAUUUUUAAGUAUAACAGUAAAAAACUAUUGCACUUUUCGAACGUUUAUUCAAGGAAUGGCUUGAAAGUCUUUGGACUACUUCAAACGUACAACUGGAGUAUCCAAUUAAAUCAGUUCUGUCUGCACUCUCGGCUUGGAGCCAAGUGUCUAGAGGGCAAUCAUCAAGGAACAGCUGCAAAAACGAGAGUGUGAU